UCAGUGUCUGAUGAGGAAUUUCCCCCACGAAUCAUUAUCACUCAAUUCUGCAAGUGGUUCUGAUUUACUAUCGCUGUUCUCUAGCCGGUCUAAAACCGCUUUGGACAUAAAGGGGCGCUUUUUCCAGGCAGAAAGAACAGUAAAAAUGCAGGCAGGUCACAGGACAAAGCACUCGGGACAAAAUGUAUGUGAAAUAUUUUGAAACAGGAAUGUUUUGCUAUUAAAAAUCAUUUUUAAAAAAAUGAAAUUUUUUUAAAAAUUUCAAAUUUGCCGCCGGUUUCGGCGCCCGUACAAAGUAACGUCCCGACAUCACAGGGACCGGAACAUGGAAGCCAGAGGCCGGCAUCGGCCGGAGGAGAUGGCCGGGGACACAUCGUGGGA